AGCCAAGUAGGCAUCAGUCACGGGAAGUGGAGACAGUCAUAAGGGGCAUCCCGUCGUCGAUCUGCACAUUGCGGUGCUGUAGCGUCUCUUCCUCUGUGAGUGCUUUGCCUCUACAGCGCAUCAUCAUCAUCUGCCUCUUGUAACCCUCGUGUUCAGCCGGCUACACCUGCUGCAGCCAUGCAUGCUCUACUGCAAGGUCUCCUGCUUCUCGCUGUGCUCCACCUCUCGACACAGAAAAGUCUCUACGACAAGCCGCUCGGCUAUGGAAAUGGACAACAGGUUCGAUACCAAGGCCGAGGAAUUGGCGGCUACGGAGGAGGUCAAGGAUACCAAGGACAGGAUGGAGGCUACGGCUCCCGCAGGCGGGGAGGGGUGAGAGAUUAUGGCUACGGAAGGAAUGGGAGGCUUGGCAAAGGACCCUGGUGCUUAUGGUGGGCUUGACGGCGGCUUUGGCGGUGGUGGUUAUGGUGCCGGUGGUUAUGGCCCUGGCGGUGCUGGUGGCUACGGUGCCGGAGGAUAUGGAGGUGGCGUUGGUGCCGGAGGCUAUGGAGGUGGCGUUGGUGCCGGAGGCUAUGGAGGUGGGCCUGGUGCCGGGGGUUAUGGAGGUGGCCCUGGUGCUGGGGGCUACGGUGGAGCUGGAGGGCUGGGCAGGUUCGGAGGUGGAUACGGGAAUCUCCGUGGUCAAAGAGGACAGGGCAAAGACAAGAGCUAUGGGGAGCAGCAGUACCCUUUUGGCGCUGGCGGGUACCCGCAACAAAUGAGCAAGCGUUACGGGCAGGGCCUGGGUUAUGAAGGUGCUGGAAAGCAGAAAGGUAAAGAUGGCUAUGGAGGAGAGGGCUUCCCUGAAAAUGGUGGCCUUCAUGGAGGAGAUUCUUAUGGUGACUACUUGUCAGACGACGGUGGGCUUGGAUACCCUGGAGGAAAAGCUCAGCAGAAGAGAUCUGGCAGGUUGGGUGGGGGAAAGCUGUGAAUUGCUGGCUGCGGACAUUACUCCUCCUGCACGACAUGCAUUUAACACACACACACAGGCGGAUCUGCACAGGCAUGAAUUACAGGUUGUUUGUCCAUCGUGAGGGUACUUCACAGGGAAAGAUUUUGCCAGUAUUGCAGGUCAACAGCUAAUGAAGUGAACCGGUUUGUGGACGCUCAUAAAUUGUAGGCUUAAGGCAGAUCUGCGCAGAGAUGACCUUAAGCCAUAUCCCAUUCCUUAUGAGUAACACUUUUUGCGACAACAGGUGAUGAAACCAUAAACAGCCCUUGUGUCAGUAAAACCACGUUUUUAUUUGAAAGCAAAACCAAUCGCUUGCUUGUGACUUUAAAAGCGGUAAAUGGUGAUACAAUCAUUGCGCGCACUGUAAAAAAAAAGCCAAUGUGUCACUCAACAACGGGCAAGGUGGACAGAUCCAUUCCUUCUUGUCCAUGAUUACCUACACAUAUAUAAAUGAUAUUCACUACAAAUAGUCCACACCUUUCAAUGCAGUGCCUGCUCGUCAAGAGUUUGUGUACAUUUUGUAUUGAGUUCCUAAGGCUCUUCGUAGCUGUGGCUUGGCACCUAACUUGUUCAUCUUGUAUUUUGUUCUGCGACAUAUUAUAUACAGGUCAGUGCUAAGAGAAAGAUUUGGGAUAAUGUAGCGCACGUUAUUCCCCAGUGGUAUAAGUAAUGCUUUAGGUAACAUUUACACGUGUAUUUCACCUUAACGUAGUGGUACAGCUGGCCAUUUUUGUAGCCUUAUAUAGACCCGAUGAUUAAACAAUGCUGUCUAUUGUACGUGUAACAGUCCUUUAUAUAGAGCCGAGAUCUAUGCAAUACAGUAUUAACCCCAACACGCAUUGAAACUUUACGUUUGGCAGUUUUGUACGCUUGUUGUAUUCAAUAAAAAUGUAAUGGUCCAAAUAAACCCUGCAAAGAAA